AUGGAUGAUGGAUUCUCACCUCGUCCUAACUGGCGCCCCAACUUCCACGACUGUGCCAUCGGUGAGCUCCCUGCCUCAGCACACCUCUCCAACUUCGACCUCAGUCUUUUCGAAACAUCCGCGUGGCGCAAGAGGUCAGUUAACCACCCGGACAGCCAGCGUGCUACAGGAGUGCAGCAUGGUUGCGUGUUGUGUCUGUGUGUUAGUGAGGUGACUCCUCGUGACCUGGGUAUGAAGGCAGGUACGACGUGGGAGUCGUUGGUGGGUACGGCCAAAGACCACGUGCUGCACAAGUGGAACAUGGUCCUGCUCUGAUCAUUCGACACCACUGCUAUCAACGCCGCCAGCCCCAACUUCUACUGGAAGAACAUCACACCCCCACCGGUAGGUGUGCAUGGAACAUCAGUCAAUCACCAGCCAGAGGUGUCUCACUCUCUGCCUCCCCUCUCGCUGGUUUUGGUUGUGCGGGCUCGUCAGCUCAAGGCCAAGCAGGGUGGUGGUGGCUCCCGUCGGCUGGCGUAUGUAGACUUCCCCUCUAGCACCCUUUUCCGAGUGUUGGGCGACUGGAACUAUACGGAGACAAAGGCCAAUGAAUACCUCAUCCGUUCGGUCAAAGUUGACGACGACAACAAGAUACUCGCCGUCACAUUGGACACGGUCAGCAAGCCGGCAAGCCAAAGGGGAGCGGGCGGGACAAACACGUGAACACAGAACUCUUCAAGUAACAGACCCAACCACCAUGGCCAGCCCCAUGUGAAUCUGUGUGUUUGUAUAUCUUUGUUAUGCCUCGGUGUCAUUGCUGUCCAUCCACCGACCCAUGGAUCGAUCAGUGCGGAGAUAUCGAUGCUGUACAGCCUGGCACGGUACCCUGGCUGCCCAUGCCGCUGCCACUCUUUCUCACUGCCGAUGACUUUGCCAAGCUGUCGAGUGCACACGCUGCCAUCGAGGCCGACAUCCAGGAGUCACUCGACCUCAGCAACGUCACCAACGCCACACAAACCGCCAGACGAGCACUCCAGGCCAAAGAAGACACGUCAGCAAGACAUUCGUGCCGUGCAUCCCGACCUGUGUGCGUGUCGUUGGAUUGCUUGCUUCAGCACGUCUGCGGAUGAGGCCGACCUGCCCGGUGGCAAGGGCGGCAAGUCGGGGCGGGAGCUGAGUGGCACUCCCCCCAGCGGCAGCACCACCGUUGUGGGGCUGCCUCCCCGCAUCCUGGUCGUCUACCACAACGCUACCCCUGCAGAGGCAGGACGCAGACGACUCAGCGGGCUCACAGACAUCGCCGACAAACUCGGAGACGGUACCUAUGCACCUAUGUGGAUGUGCACGAAAGGCAGACAGCCAGGCAGGGCCAGGCAGGCGUGGACAAGAGUCAACAUCUGCAUUGCUUUCUCGCUCCCCGAGUCAUAUGCCUCGCAGGAUAUCGAUUGGAGAGCUCGUCGGCAUUGUUUCUGUUCACAAGGUGGAGAUGA